AUGGUGAAACUAGUCAUUUCAGUGGUUUUGGUUGGGUCGUUAAACGCUUUUUAUGAAAGUAACCCUAAUGUAGUCGAAUUAACGUCUUCAAAUUUCAAUAAUAAAGUUCUGAAUAGCAACAAAAUUUGGAUUGUAGAGUUCUUCGCUCCAUGGUGUGGUCAUUGCCAGCAAUUAGCUCCAGAAUACAAUAAGUUGGCUAAUGCCGUAAAGGGAAUUUUUGAAGUUGGUGCUGUGGAUAUGACUAAAUAUGAAUCAUUAGGUGCCCCAUACAGCGUACAAGGCUUUCCUACGAUUAUAAUAUUUGGUGAAAAUAAAAAACAGUUCACAACUUAUCAAGGUUCUCGAACAGCGCGGGAUAUGACCAAUUCGUUGAUGGAUGAACUUAAAAAGUCUUUAGAUAAAAAGCUAGGUGGAUCUGGUCGAAAGGAGGGAGGAAGUAGUAAAGAUGUUAUUGAGUUGACUGAUGCUAAUUUUGAAAAACUAGUACUUUACAGUGAAGACAUUUGGCUUGUUGAAUUCUUCGCACCUUGGUGUGGACAUUGUAAAGCUUUAAAACCAGAAUGGGAAAAAGCCGCUACGGAACUUGCUGGUAAAGUGAAGCUUGGUGCCUUAGAUGCAACGGUAAAUCAAAAAAUGGCAUCACUUUUUGAUAUCAAGGGUUAUCCAACAAUUAAGUAUUUUGCACCAGGUUCAAGCGUUAAAGAUGCCGUGGAUUACAGUGGUGGACGAACCAGUGAUGAUCUUGUAAAUUUUGCAUUGAAAAAAGCUCUUGAUAAUAUGCCUCCACCAGAAGUUGUUGAAGCAGUUUCACAAGAAAAAGUUGAGAAGGAGUGCAAAGAAAAGCAGCUUUGUAUAUUUGCUGUUCUUCCCCAUAUUUUGGAUUGUCAAAGUAAAUGUCGAAACGAUUACUUGAAAGUGUUAAAGGAAUCAGCCGAGAAAUUUAAACGAAAUAUGUGGGGUUGGAUUUGGACUGAAGCAGGCAAACAAGUGGCAUUGGAAGAGGCAUUCGAAAUGGGAGGUUUUGGGUAUCCAGCUUUGGCUGCUCUGAACUACCGCAAAAUGAAAUUCUCGAUGUUGAAAGGUUCUUUUGGUGUUACUGGAAUCAAUGAAUUUUUGAGAGAUCUUUCUUAUGGGAAAGGUCAGACUGUACCAAUAAGAGGUGCAGAAUUCCCUAAAAUCUCAACUGUUGAUCCAUGGGAUGGUAAAGAUGGUGAAAUGCUUGUUGACGAGGAAAUCGAUGUUUCAGACAUUGAUUUAGACGAAGAAAUUCUAGGAAAAACAGAGCUGUAG